AUUGGGCAUUCAGACUCCCACGAGGGGUCGCAUGCAAAAGAUUUGCAAAAGGGUUUAUUGUUUCUUUGCUUUCGGGAGCCGAAAUUGUUUGCUAUCGACACAGUUCUACAAUCAAAUAACCGCACGGAAAAAUGGCAGGAGGCAAAGCUGGGAAGGACAGUGGAAAAGCCAAGGCAAAAGCAGUGUCGCGCUCCCAGAGAGCUGGUCUGCAGUUCCCAGUGGGUCGUAUCCACAGGCACUUGAAAACUCGUACAACCAGCCAUGGUCGCGUAGGAGCUACAGCAGCUGUAUACAGCGCAGCUAUCCUUGAGUACCUCACUGCUGAAGUACUAGAGUUGGCAGGCAAUGCUUCCAAAGACUUGAAGGUGAAGCGUAUUACUCCCCGCCAUUUGCAGCUGGCCAUCCGUGGUGAUGAGGAGUUGGACUCUCUUAUCAAGGCAACAAUUGCUGGAGGAGGUGUGAUUCCCCACAUCCACAAAUCCCUCAUUGGGAAGAAGGGCCAGCAGAAGACUGCAUAGAUGCCAUGUUGACCAGAAAUUUUGGGGCUUGGGUUUUGAUCGGACCAGGAGUUCACUUUUGUUCUUUUUUAUUAUUAAUAUUAUAGCGAACGAAGAGUGAUUGUUAGACUUUGUGUUGUUGUUAUAUUUUCCCAUAUCUAGAAAAAGUACAGAAAACCCCCUUAACAGCAAAACCCUUUGUAUGUUAUCGUAGAACGUUUGACUGGGGAGUUCAUAAUCAUUUCAAAAGUGACAGUGAAUUUGUUUGAUUGGCUUGGAACUGUAAUGUUUUAUACAAAGAAAUUGUUAAACCAUUUUUUUAUAUAAAAAAAACUUGUUUCUGUGGUUAUUUUCUUGAAGUUACAAUAUUUACUAUAAUACAAAUUUUUAAGGUAAAACUUUUUUUUGGACAGCAUAAUGGAUAACAAGACAGCUAAAUGUGAGAUGGUGCUUUGUUUCCUUUUAACUUACUGUAAUAUUUUGAACUGCACAAGAAUAGUGAUGUAUUAAAAACAAUUUUUUUACAUCAAACUGAAAAUAAUUGAAAACUUCUUACAACUCUG